AGCAACCAUUUUACUUUCACAGCCAAAAAAAAUAGAAAGAGCGAAAGACAGAGAGAGAGAGAGAGAGAGCGAAAGACUGAGAGAAAGAGAGAGGGAGAAUCAGAUGGAGUCGGAAAGCGGGGCGUCACUGCCGUCAGGACCAGACGCGAAGAAGCGGCGAGUGACAUACUUCUACGAGCCCACCGUGGGCGACUACUACUACGGCCAAGGCCACCCGAUGAAGCCCCACCGCAUCCGCAUGGCCCACAACCUAAUCGUGCACUACGGCCUCCAUCGUCGGAUGGAGAUCAACCGCCCCUUCCCCGCCGGCCCCAACGACAUCCGCCGCCUCCCCCCCGACUUGUUUUGCUCUAUGCUUGCUUGCACUUAAUUGGUAACAAGUAGUUUUGGGGUUAGGAAAGUUGAAUCUGAUAAAAAUUUAAGGGUGAUAUUUAUUUGUGAAAGUAUCCAUUUUUAUUUUUCUGAUUAUACAUGCGGUUUAAGUGUCAAAUCUUUGUUCUGCUCAUUUGUUGUAUUAUGCAUGCCAUCAUUACUUUUUCAUUGUUUGAUAAUUUGCAUAUGUAAUCUGGUCAUUGUCGCUGGGCAGCGUGUGCUUUAUGUAGAUAUUGAUGUGCACCAUGGAGAUGGAGUUGAGGAGGCAUUUUACACCACUGACAGGGUCAUGACCGUGUCCUUCCAUAAAUUUGGGGAUUUCUUUCCUGGGACUGGGCACAUUAAGGAUGUUGGGGCAGGGACUGGGAAGAACUAUGCGCUGAAUGUCCCGCUAAACGAUGGAAUGGAUGACGAGAGUUUUCGUGGUCUGUUUCGGCCCAUCCUCCAAAAAGUCAUGGAGAUGUAUCAGCCUGAUGCAGUUGUUCUACAGUGUGGUGCAGAUUCAUUGUCUGGUGAUAGGUUGGGGUGCUUCAACUUGUCUGUCAAAGGCCAUGCAGAUUGUCUUCGUUUCCUUAGAUCUUUUAAUGUUCCUCUGAUGGUCUUGGGUGGUGGAGGUUAUACGAUCCGGAAUGUUGCCCGUUGCUGGUGUUACGAGACAGCAGUGGCAGUUGGGGUGGAACCUGAUAAUAAGUUGCCUUACAAUGAAUACUAUGAGUAUUUUGGUCCAGAUUAUACUCUUCAUAUUCCCCCAUCCAACAUGGAGAACCUAAACUCACCUAAAGAGAUGGAGGCAAUAAGGAAUACGCUACUAGAUCAACUUUCUAGAAUACCUCAUACACCCAGCGUUCCUUUCCAGACAACACCACCAACAACACAAGUUCCAGAGGAGGCGGAAGAGAACAUGGAAGAAAGACCAAAGCCUCGCAUUUGGGAUGGCGCGGAUUAUGAUUCUGAUCCUGAAGAAGACAAGCAUUGGACUAAAUUCUCCAACCCUGUUGGUCAGCAUGCAGUUAAAACUGAGAUGCGGGAUGAUGCAGAUGGGAUGGAAGACGAGAAACCAAAUCAUCCUCCGUGCUGCUGACACAGAUGGAAUUUUGUAGCUUCUGGUCGUAAUGUCCCUGUAUCACCUGUCUAUGAGAUGUUUACUGAAGCAGAGAGAGCUUUGUUCAAGCCGCAUAAUUUCUAGAAAAGGCAUCCUAUUAAUUAGCGAGGAAUUAGAGUAGGCUACUAGCCACCAUCAAAAUUGUCAAGUCGGUGAUGCCCUUGCUAAUCGGAUGCCAUUUGUUUUAGAAUCACCCUUUGUAAAACCGAACUUACAUUGAUAGCAGGCGAAUAUUAAUACACUGUGCAUAGAAAGCUUCUAAGAUAGUUCUAAAGGAUUGCUGUGUUUCUA